AUGAACAAUCUUGCAUCUUUGUUUCUGGUAACAACCCUUUCCUUCGGUCUUUUGAUCCUCUGCAGUGCAGACCAGGCGACUUACCUGCAUCGCUAUCUCAAGACAAGGAGAUCAACUCAUUCCACCAAUACUGAAUUACCUGCAGAAAAGGAAGAGUUUGAUGAAUUUCUUUCAGACCAAUCUGGACUGAUGGCUGCUGACAAGAUUGACACAUUGCCAGGGGCCCCAGACAAUGUGGAUUUCGAUCAGUAUGCAGGGUAUGUUACAGUCGAUCCACAGGCUGGGAAGGCUCUCUUCUAUUACUUUGUCGAGUCUCCAGUUAAUUCUUCCACCAAUCCUCUGCUUCUGUGGCUUAAUGGAGGGCCAGGAUGCUCAUCAUUUGGAUAUGGAGCCAUGGAGGAGUUGGGCCCUUUCAGAGUCAACAGCGAUGGCAAAACUCUGUAUCGGAAUCCAUACGCGUGGAACAAUGUGGCGAAUGUGAUCUUCCUUGAGUCGCCUGCUGGGGUAGGCUUCUCAUAUUCAAACAGAACCAGUGAUUACAACAACACUGGCGACACAAGUACUGCCAACGAUGCCUACACUUUUCUGGUCAACUGGCUUGAGAGGUUCCCACAGUACAAAACCCGGGAUUUUUACAUCACAGGGGAGAGCUACGCCGGCCACUAUGUGCCUCAGUUGGCAAACACUAUCCUGCUCAGAAACAAGAUUAGCCAAACAGUGAUCAAUCUAAAGGGCAUUGCGAUAGGGAAUGCGCUGGUAGACGACACAUCAAUGGGGACUGGGUACUAUGACCAUGUAUGGUCACACGCAUUGAACUCUGAUGAGACGCAUGCAGCCAUCUUCAAGUACUGCAAUUUUGAAAACAACACUGCAUCCGAUCAAUGUUACAGUGCAGCAAUGACCUCUGCCAAAGAGCUGGGUGAUAUUGAUAUAAAUAACAUGUACGCACCAAUCUGUCUGAAUUCAGCGCUCAAGAAUGGCUCCACUGGUUCAGUUACUUUCUUCGAUCCCUGCUCAGAUGCAUACGUCACUUCCUACUUGAACACCGCAGAAGUACAAAAGGCUUUACAUGUGAUGCCCACAACUUGGAGUCACUGCAGAGGGUUCUACUGGAAAGAUUGGCAAAGUGAUGUUUUGCCCACAAUAAAGAAUAUCAUGGCUAGUGGCACACGAGUGUGGCUAUACAGUGGUGACAUAGAUGCAAAUGUUCCGGUUACAUCCACAAGGUAUGCAAUCAACAGCCUCAAGCUUCCAGUCGAGGCUGCCUGGGACGCAUGGUACCAUGAUAAUGAGGUAGGAGGCUAUGUCGUGGUAUACAAAGGACUGACCUUCGUGACAGUGAGAGGUGCAGGACAUCUUGUGCCAAGCUACCAACCUGAGAGGGCACUUUUCAUGCUUUCAUCUUUCCUUAAAGGGGUUUCUCCAGCUUCCUAGCCAUCAAA